UGAAAAAAAGAACUAUUUCAAAGGAUUAAGAUUAUCUCCCCUUCCUCCUCUGCAUCAUAAAAGAUUGAACCAAAUAUAUUAAUUUAAAAUAUUCCCUCCAGUUCUCUCUCUUCCAAAAACUCCCUACCAAACGAGUUAUAGAUAAACCCCUAAGGUACCAUAUCCAAACUACUUCGUUGCAAGUUACACUGAAAAUACAAACAUGGCGAAAGUGGUAUACAUGGCUUUACCUUUCCUCACACAACCCCACAAAACCACCACAGCUUCUUCAUCAUCAUCAUCAUCAUCAUCUUCAAAACCAUCGAAGCUUCCACAUAGAACACGCAGCACCAACAUAUCCAUUCCAUCAUCUACCAACGUUGCUGCUAACCGUUCUCCUAAACCCAAGAAGCUUAAUUCAGAUGUUUCUCCUCACAGGGCUGUGUCUGCGGUGAGAUUGAUGAGAAUUGAACUUGGUGGUGCUUUUGCCGACCUUCUUAAUGAGAAAGGGAAAGGUUCUGGUGAAAAUGAAAUGGGUUAUGUUGAAAGAACGCUUGGCUUUCGCACUCGAGAAUUGAAUAAUCAAGACCUUAGAUUGGUUACAGAAGUUGUGGGGGGUACGAUUCGUUGGAGAAGAUACCUUGAUCAUUUAAUCAGUUCAUUGUGUCAUAAUAAAGAUAUAUCUAGUAUGGAACCUCUUCUCUUACAGAUUCUACGAAUCGGCUUCUAUGAGAUUCUCAAAUUAGAUAUGCCACCUUAUGCUGUUGUAGAUGAGAAUGUGCAGCUUGCCAAAGCUGCUCUCAGGCCGGGUGCAGGCAACUUGGUCAACGGAAUCCUCCGAAAGCUAGUUGUGCUCAAGGAAAAUGAAACUCUUCCUUUGCCCGAAGUAGUGGGUGAUGAUCGUUCUCAAGCACGUGCUCUGGCAACUCUCUACUCGCAUCCAGUUUGGAUCGUAAGGAGAUGGACAAGGUAUCUUGGUCAGGAAGAAACCAUUAAAUUGAUGAUAUGGAACAACAGUGAACCGAGUUAUAGCUUAAGAGCAAAUCGGGCAAUAGGUUUUUCAAGAGAUGACCUUGUGACACAGCUUAAUGCGUUGAAGGUCCCACACAAGCUUUCAUUGCAUUUGGAUGACUUUGUUCGCAUCAAAACUGGGUUGCAGACCAUCAUUCAUGCCGGCCUUCUCAAAAAGGGUUUAUGUUCAGUUCAGGACGAGAGUGCAGGUCUGAUAGUUUCUAUUGUGGAUCCUCAACCCGGUGAAACCAUCGUUGAUUGUUGUGCUGCUCCUGGUGGAAAAACCCUCUACAUGGCCUCUCAUUUAAGUGGACAAGGUAUGGUAUACGCAAUUGAUGUAAAUAGGGGUAGGUUGAGAAUUCUUAAAGAGACAGCAAAGUUGCAUCAAGUAGAUGGUGUCGUUACCACUGUCCAUGCCGAUCUCCGUACAUUAACUGACGGUGAACCACUUAAGAGUAACAAAGUUUUGUUGGACGCACCGUGCUCAGGGCUUGGCGUUCUUUCAAAGAGAGCGGACUUACGUUGGAACAGAAAUCUGGAAGAUAUGGAAGAAUUGAAGCAAUUACAGGAUGAACUCCUCGAUGCAGCAUCCACAUUGGUAAAACCCGGAGGAGUAUUAGUUUACAGUACAUGCUCCAUAGAUCCUGAAGAGAAUGAUGAGAGGGUAGCUGCAUUUCUAUCAAGACAUCAUGAUUUUCACAUUGAUCCUGUGGACCGAUAUGUUCCACCUGAUUUUGUGACGCCAAAUGGUUUCUAUUUCUCCAACCCAGUAAAAAAUUCACUCGAUGGCUCUUUUGCUGCUCGUUUGGUACGCUCUUUGCAAAAUGAACUUCAGGGAACUCCUUCAUCACUCUAUCUCGAAUUGGACGACACUCAAUGAAAAUCGAAAGAGACUGCUUACGAGUUGCUUCUGCGAUGAUUUGCCGCUCCAAUUCUUCAGUGAGAUACCUCACUUCCUUGAAAAAGGUUUAUCUAUAUGACGACAUUGUCAACAAUUCCUCUUUCAUUCGGCGAUUCCGGAGGAUGAUGAAGCUUAAAACAAUAUCAUAUAUAUUGUUUUCUCCAAAUUCAUAUAUAUACUUCAAGAACAAUAUCAAAAUAGGAAAAUUUUGUGGGUGAAAUUUUGUUAACAAGGUCAUGCUGUUUUUAUAUUGUUUUUCUAUCAUCACACUUUGAAUGUGUAUUUAGGAGUAGUGCAACAAUGAACCAUAUAUGCAUUUGACUUGUGUUAAAUUUUAGUUGAAUAGUCAAUUCAAGAAAUUUUGUUUAAA